UUGUCCGCACACUCUGCGCACUCUGCUACACAGCGACAGCGCCAGACGCUUUUUUGAAAAUAAUAAAAAAGCUGUUGACAGAUUUUGUCCCGACUCUUGUCGGAUCGCAUUAUUAGGAGAACAGUGAGGUUUUUUUUUUUGUUUGUCCACAUGCGUGUGCUUUUCUUGACGUCAGGAGAAGUGUGAGCGGAUCCAGCUCUGCGCACAAGCGCAGCACCCACAACGCUCCCACAGGGAAGGGCAACGCACCACAGCCGCGGAUCGCAAUUUAGCUGUAGUGUGGCGAGUCCGAUCCAGCGUUUGUAGGAUGCCCCUGGGAGAGGAUGGGAAUGGGUGGAAAAAGAAGACAACGGACAUCAAAGAACAUUACGACUUCAAAGAAGUGCUGGGAACGGGAGCUUUCUCAGAAGUGGUACUAGCAGAGGAGAAGAGGACCCAGAGACUGGUAGCCAUCAAGUGCAUCCCCAAGAAGGCAUUGGAAGGCAAAGAGAACAACAUUGAAAAUGAGAUCGCUGUCCUGCACAGAAUCAAGCAUGCCAACAUCGUUACGCUGGAGGACAUCUUUGAAAGUACAUCCCACCUAUAUCUGGUCAUGCAGCUGGUAUCUGGAGGCGAGCUGUUUGACAGGAUCGUGGAGAAAGGCUUCUACACAGAGAGAGAUGCCAGCCAACUCAUCCACCAGAUCUUGGACGCAGUCAAAUAUCUCCACGACAUGGGAAUCGUUCACAGAGACUUGAAGCCAGAGAAUCUAUUGUAUUACAGUAUGGACGAGGAAUCCAAAAUCAUGAUCAGUGACUUUGGACUGUCAAAGAUUGAGGGAUCAGGGAGCGUCAUGUCCACAGCCUGCGGCACUCCUGGAUAUGUGGCUCCUGAGGUGCUCGCUCAGAAGCCGUACAGCAAAGCAGUAGACUGCUGGUCCAUAGGAGUUAUUUCUUAUAUUCUGUUAUGUGGAUAUCCUCCGUUUUAUGAUGAAAACGAUUCCAAGUUGUUUGAGCAGAUUCUGAAAGCAGAGUAUGAAUUUGACUCUCCCUACUGGGACGACAUCUCAGAUUCAGCCAAAGACUUUAUCUGUCACCUAAUGGAGAAAGAACCCUUGAAGAGGUAUACGUGUGAGCAGGCCCUGCAGCAUCCAUGGAUCUGCGGGGACACGGCUCUGGACAAGAAUAUCCACGAAUCUGUCAGCGCUCAAAUCAAGAAGAACUUUGCCAAAAGUAAAUGGAAGCAAGCAUUUAAUGCCACAGCGGUGGUGCGCCACAUGCGGAAGUUGCAGCUGGGUACUAGUCUCGAGGGACCUAGUCAAAUUACUCCCACCAGUCCCUGCCACGGACAUCUGCUCCCAGAGGAAGAGGAGGAGGAGGAGGAAGACGACUUGGGAAAUGGGGAGGAGGAGAGCUGUAAGUCAACAGUGAACACUCAGUCUAUUUCAGACGUCUGCCUCUCUUCACAUACCAGAGUCAUGCCACAGUGUGCCGUUAAAGGUGUCCCACUAUGAGGAGGGCCGGCGCGGGAGCAACGAGGGCAGCGCAGACCGGGACAGCCUGAGAAGCUGCACCUACUGCUGCAGGCCAGCCAGUCGCGUUUGAGCAACUCCCGGUGGCACUGGUGACAUCGUUUACCUGCAGCACCUAGAACCCCACCCGCCCCAGUCUGGCCAGGAAUGCAGAGUAGUUAUCAGCCAGUGUCCAGCCCAGUACAUCCACAGGGAGCCGGUCACUGUCAUAGUGUAGAGAAAUAUUCUUUUUCCCCUAUAAAAAAAAAAAAAAAACACAUCUGGACUCGAGACACACAAUUUGUUACUUUUUCUUUCGCGGAACAGAAUGCAAGGCUACGCCGAGUGGAGGGGUCUUUUUAAUGAAAGGGCCACUGACUUGUGGUACUUGUAGUUGUUAUUUGGGCAGCAGACAGGCGUUAUUUCUACUUAAUUACUAGUUGUGGGUGUGUGUCAACAGGCGUAUGGAGUCUCAAUCAAAGAUGAGGCUGCAGACUAACGGCAGUCUCCUACAUUACUUUGGUUCUUACGUCGUCUAUCACAUCUACCUCUUAUCACAACUACCGUCCGUCUGCAUUAAUCUGGUUCUCACACUAUAUUAUAUUAUAUUACACUAUAUAUUCACCACUGGCAGCUUUCUCCAAAAUUCUGGCCAGACAGGGCACAAAGAAAAUGGGGGAGCACUUUUCUAGGUUGAGCAACUGAAAGCUACUUCUGCAUGUCUUUAUACUUCUUACCCAUCAAUGUGACUCGGUCUAGUCACUGACCAAGUAGCUGUUGACUUGAAUAGAGUUCAAUCUCAAGGCACGACUUCACUGCUGAUGCCACCUGCUCAUUUGGUCCCCCCCCCCUUCAUAUGAAGUGUUUUUGUCAUUGUAAAAGUUAUUUUAUUUAGACCCUUUGUUGAAAUGUGGUGGUUGACUGAGGGGUUAUGGCCUCUAUAUUCUGGCUCAGACUGCGUUUGUGAAGAGUGUUUCUGACCCGGAGGGUCUUGCAUGCUUUAGUUUGGGAAAUGGGAAAUCAAAACGUAUGAAUAUCAAAAGGAGACUUUUUAUUUUUUGGUUUGUUUUAUGGCUGUUCUGUUAUCAGAGGCUCAAACUGAGAUCCCCGUAAGUCAAUAAAUCACAGGAAUGUGACUCCGUAGGCGCACUUUAUGUUAGGGGCAGUUAUUUUAAAAUUAUAUAUUUUAUUUUUUUUGCUCAUUCUCCCUGUUCUGUUUCUGACAAGCGUAUGGAUAUCUGUCAGUGUCUCACGCUGAGGUGGUGGGAUCUUAGUUUGGGUGCUCCGCCUGCUCCGUACUGUGCACCUCUAGUGGAUAAAGUUUUGGUCUACUGUUUGCAUGACCUGGUUAAAUAUGUUUACAUGAAUGAUGAUCAAUUAGUAUAAACACACAUGAUUAUUAUUACUAUGUUGUAUUGAAAAAAAUGAUGUAAUACUGUAACUUUUGAGAUAUAUAAUGUGAAGUGAGUAACACCAGAAUGUUGAUGUUAAUGUUGUUGACAGAGUACAACACAGCACAGUGAACUGUUUGCAUUGACUGAGAUGGUCGAACCUCUACCUGAAUGACAUUUCAACUUUCAACAUUUCUUUUCUGUUUUCUUGCCGUUGCUUUUAUAGAAUCAAUUUAUUCUUUUGGACCGACAGGCAGAAAAAAAACAUAUAUCGUACAUAUCGUAAACAUCACCUGGAUGAAGCAUGGCGAUGUUUCGGCAGAACAUUUAAUGUACUGGAAAUACUUUAAUUCCUUAUAUUAGUCAUACCAUUCCAUUGCUAUAUCUUGUAUUUAUUUAAGGUAUGUCAUGAUACAAUUCCAUAUCUUUAGUUAGCUGAAGAGACCAGGAACCAAUCGCUGAAAAUAAUUGUUGCCCAGAUAAAACCAGUUCCCUCAAUUUUGCCAUCAAUAUUUACAGGUCCAUAGAACAAUAAAUGAAGGAAACCACUCUGGAUUUACAUGAAUGCAAUUGUGGAAAAUAUGCAAACUGUGUGUGAAGGGCUCCACGUUAACUGUAAGAUGUUGAUGACUUUGAUAAGCUGGCAAUUAUUUGUUUGGUAAUGACCUUAUAUUGAACCUUACCUGGGAUUUGUUUCCACUUGGCUGUGUUUAAAAAAAAAAAGAGCGUAUUUUACCCAUUACAAACACAUCUAAAUGCAUAAAGAGACACAUGUAUAUUAUAUAUAUAUAGAUAUAAGUAUAUAUUGUAUAUCCUUUUUUGUAAAAGCUGUUUUGAGCUACAAAUGUAUGGAUGCAAUGCAUCAUGGGUUAUUGAACAAGUUGUAAAGAAAUACAAUGAUUUCUACCCACAGAGAUUUGAUUGCAGGAAAUGAAAUUAAACUUCUUGUCUAUG